AUGGCCUCUCUAGAAAAGGCUCCUUCAACGGAGCAGCAAGUCUCGGUUGGAGAUGUGGCAGUAGGAGAGACAGUAGACCUUCAAAAUUUGAACGCACUUGGAUACAAGGCCGAGCUUCGCCGGAAUCGGUCCAUGUUUACUUUGCUAUUCCAAUCAUUGGCAAUCGCAGCUAUUCCAUACGGCUUUGGCUCGCCACUAAUUAGUGCAAUCUAUGGCGGAGGUCAACUCUCCAUGUUUCUGGGUUGGAUCGUGGUUCUCAUACUUGACGAGGCCGUAGCCGUGUCCCUUGGCGAACUCGCCUCACGGUAUCCGACCUCGGCCGGUCCAUACUACUGGAGUUUCCAGCUCGCCAGCACCAAAUAUCGCAAGGUUCUAUCAUUCAUCACUGGGUGGACCUGGUUGAUUGGAAAUUGGACCAUCACGCUGUCCGUCAACUUUGGAUUCGCAUCUCUCAUUGCGGCUUGCGUCUCGCUCUACCACCCUGAAUUCGCGACCGAAGUGACAUCAUGGCAGCUUCUUUUGAUCUUUUACGCCCUCUGCAUCAUGACUUUCUUCAUUGUAGCAUACGGAAACAAGCUCCUUCCAAUGGUGGAUACUAUUUGCGCAGCAUUCACAGCAAUUGCUAUUUUCAUCACACUGGUCUGUCUUUCAGCCAAGGCAGAAGUGGGAAGAAACUCUCCAAGCUUCACUCUGGGUGGCUACGAUCCGACCCUAUCGGGCUGGGGUAACUUUUCUUUCCUCAUCGGCAUGCUCCCGGCUGCCUAUACGUUCUCCGCCAUUGGUAUGAUUUCUUCCAUGGCUGAAGAGUGUGGUGACCCUACAGUCAAGCUUCCCAAAGCUAUUUCGCUAUGUGUGCCUGUAGGCGGCAUCGCAGGCUUAUUUUUCAUCAUCCCUAUAUGUGCUACCAUGCCGGCUCUCUCGGACAUUAUUGCGAACGCGCCAGUGGGCCAGGCCCUUCCCUAUAUCUACGCUGUUGUAAUGGGUACACCGGGUGGAGGACUUGGCUUGACUGUCCUUGUCCUGAUCAUAACGCUAUUUUGUUCAAUAUCGAUCACCGUGGCGGCUUCGCGCUGCACGUGGGCAUUUGCCAGAGACGAAGCGAUCCCUUUUUCCAGCCUGUGGGCAAAGGUUGACGAGAAGCACGGUACGCCAAUCUGGGCACUGGCACUGACGACGGUAGUUCAGAUGGUACUUGGCCUCAUUAAUUUGGGGUCAUCGUCGGCAUUUCUCGCCUUUGUAUCAGUCGGAGUCAUGGCGCUCGCUGCCUCCUACGGCCUGCCUAUUGCCAUUUCAAUGUUCCAUCGACGCACAGAGGUGAGUGGCGCGAGAUGGAAGAUGCCAGCGGCCAUUGGCUGGACUGCGAAUAUCCUGGCGAUUGUAUGGAUCGUCUUCGAGAUUAUCCUCUUUUCCAUGCCCACGGUGCUGCCAGUAACGGAAACGAGCAUGAAUUAUGCCAUUGUCGUUUUUGUCGGUUUUAUGGCUUUGAGUGCUAUCUGGUAUGUGCUUCACGCACACAAAGUUUACAAAGGUCCGCCCGAGUCCGAUGGGCUCACAGUUGGUAAUUAA